ACGGUCCAGAUAACGUUUCACUACGUCAAAGAGGAACCGGCCGGUACAAACUGUCUGUGGAGAAUCAGGGAUGUCGUUUUGUAGUUUUUUCGGUGGAGAGGUCUAUAAAGACCAUUUUAAACCAGGGGUUUAUGUAUGCUCCAAGUGUGAUCACCAGCUGUUUACCAGCCGCUCCAAGUUCGAGCACUCGUCUCCCUGGCCGGCCUUCACAGAGACCAUCCAUGAAGACAGUGUGUCCAAACACCAGGAGAGACCUGGGGCAUAUAAGGUGCGAUGUGGGAAGUGUGGAAAUGGUCUCGGCCAUGAGUUUGUGAACGAUGGGCCAGCCAGAGGCUCGUCUCGCUUCUGAAUAUUCAGCAGCUCACUGAAGUUCGUCCCUAAAGAUAAGGUUGAUGGACAGUAAGGUGAGCUGUUAGAGGGAAUCGCUGCUGGACUCAUAGAAGUCUCUCUGUGCUGCUGAAGGUGUGGACAGUGGAUGAAGUGUUCUGGGAUAAAGCCCAUCUGGAGCGCCAGGGCUCUGAUGAAUGAUGGCCACACUGGACAGCAAGAACAGACCGGUCUCAACACCUUUUUUUAAAAAGCAAUCAUCACCAUCUCAGGAAAUGAUUAUUACACAAUCACCAGUUUAAUUUAUAAUGAUUGAGGAAUGUCUCACGGUGAGAUUAGCUUUCUUAUGAUGCUAUAAGCUAUUUAUUACUGAGAGAUGAAACACGUCUGUUUAUUUACCUUCAAGUCUGAUAUGCAAACUAAAAUAAAUCUAUUUGAAAUUAAAAUAACACAAU